AUGGACAACAAUGUUCGACCUAAUGCCCAGGAAGAGCAAGUCCGAAAGUACGUUCGUCAAAUAAUAAAAUGGGGAUUCGGAUUUGCUGCGGCGGACUAUUUCAAUCUUUGCAUUCAGAGAACUGGGAUUCCUGUCUACUUCUCCGAUGAAGAAGGUUCGGAUGAUGAGACUUUGGACAGCCACACAUUGGUCAAUGAAGAGCAUGAAAGAUGGGAGGACCACGACGCGGUUAAAUAUGAUCAUGACCAGGCAAGAAGUAUGUACAAAGGUGGAUGGCGCCAAUUGGUCACCAACUGGAAGAUGGCGACGUAA